GUCUCCCUGCUCACUUUCUCUCGCCCGUCUGAAGAUUUAACACAGCGCAGAGCGAAGCUGGCGGCCACAGUCGUGCCCUGGAUUGUAACAGAGAAAGAGAGCAAGCCCUCCUGCAGCCUGCAAGCCCACCACCAUGGACGUCAAACUGAUGGCACUGCUGGCUCUGCUGGCCGUGGCCACACAUGUUCCAACCUCCAACGCAAAGCCCAUCAGUCUGGUUGAGCGCUGCUGGUGUCGAUCCACUCUCAACACGGUUCCCCAGCGCUCCAUCAAAGAGCUCAAGUUUCUCCACACGCCCAACUGCCCCUUCCAAGUCAUUGCAAAGCUGAAGAGCAACAGGGAAGUUUGCAUCAACCCUGAGACCAAAUGGCUGCAGCAGUACUUAAAGAAUGCCAUUAACAAGGUGAAGAAAUCUAGAAGACGCGCUAACAAGAUCAACUAAAAGACGAGGGGAGUCCUGUAUGUCAUCCAGCCUGGUAUUCCCAGGUUGAACCUCUGUACCUCCCUGUCACUGCUAUGGAUGUAUGCACACAUGCUGUAUGUACCGGUCCAACUCUCUGGACAGCUUGCAGAAGCUGCACUCCAUCCCCAGCACCAUCCACCGAUCCCUCGGGACGUCCAGUUGUUUCCCAUUCACCUUAUCCGGCAACAAAUCUUAGCACCAAGUGCAAUCUCACCUUGGAAUGACGGACACAUGUUGAUGUCAAAAAUAUGUGCUGAGUACUGAGUGAAUGGCAUGGGAGAGUGUGUGUGUGUGUUUGAAUGUUGCAUACAUGAACUCUGAUUGUGUGCCUGUAUAUAAUAUUUUCUUGCUUCACACAGCUAUAGAGGAACAAUUCUACCUUUCUGUCUCGUGCAAGGCUUUGUGAGUAAUGCCACCAUCAUUUCAAGUCAGAUUAAUUUUUAAUAAAAGCUGCCGACUGAGGAAAAACAUUCAGAUCAGCUUCAUUGGAAGAAUUGCGGUUGGGACUUUGUUGCCAGUUCCUGCCCUUUUAUGUCAAAAAAUGUGGUUUGGAAAAAUGAAGAAGUGUCAAAUUUGAAAACAUCAAAAGUAAUGUUUCCACAUCAAAUUGAUAUCUGCUCAGAAUGAUAUGAUUUAUUAUUCUAGUUUUAAUAUAUUCAUUACUCAAAGAAGGAUUUUGGAUGUAGGCUUUCCACACAUAAAUGCAGAAGGCCUGUUUUGAUUUGAAGCGAAAGUGGCAUUACUCUGAGAGUGAAGGCUCAUGGGAUAGAUUCAGGGGCUGGCAACUGGGGGAAACCAUCCACAAGCUUUAGUUAACUGUAACACGCAGAGCUCGCUAGCACAGGUCUAGUUGUUUUUGAGCUUGAUGCAGGAAUAAAGAGGAAGCUCACACAAACUACUAAAACGCACGCACUGAUCCUAUGGUGCUAUAUGUUCAGUUUAAGGAGUCAGAGCCAUUGACAUAACUGUUUUUAGUGAUGAUUUUAUGCAAGAUGGGAUGUCGAGAACCUCAGUGUCUUAAAUAAAACGCGAUAUGUUUUGAAAUAAAGGCUCAAAGGUCUGUUGUUGGAAGUGAAAAAUGAAACGGAAAGCCUAUUCUAAGCUGACGUUAAGGCCGCACUGUACUGAUAAAGACUGUAAAGAAAUGAAACACUAAUCAGUGCAUCCCGAAAAGUUGGUCCUAUUCAUCUGGAUGUCUGAAGAAGUCACUUGGAUGAGUGAUGAAAUGUUUCUCCCACUGAAAACUCUACAUCCACAUGAACAGAACCAACUUUUGGGGAUUUCCUUACCAGGAUGACUGAGCAUGGAUGAAAACACUAAUCAAUGCAGCUUUUUGUUUUUUAGCCAAUUGAACUUAUUGGUUAAGAGAGACCAAAUAUUUAUGCACCACCAAGAAGCAGAUGAAUUCUAUUUCAUGGAUUUUUAGGUAAAAUAGGUAGGACGUCAUUACAAUUUACACUUUGUCAAAAGGACCAACAGAAGAAGUUAGAUGCAGUGUUUUCAUACCAACACCUGUCCUUAGUAGGAAUGAAAAGCUACUAAAUUGUCCAAAUAGCUGAAAGAUGAAUGCCUCAAAAGGAAUGCUCACGGUGGCAAAAGAACAUUUUUAAUGAUCAGUUAUUUUAUAUAUAUGUGAACCACUUUAUGAUCAAGUGUUUUUUUUUUAAAUGUAAUUGUUUUAUUUUUAUAUUGAAGAUAAUCUUACAAAAUGUUUUUUUAAUGAAAUGUACAGCAGGCAGAAGCUACUAAAUGAAGGCCGUUCAUUAAAGUGCUAGAAACAG